GCGUAAACCUUAAACAAGGGCUGAUAACAGAAUGUUGAAAAGUGGACGUCUAGUUGUAACACCGCCUUAUACGAGUUCAUGAUUAAUAUGGAUUGUUUUCCAGUAUACACCAUGGAAACACAUGAAGUUCUUGUGUGGAUGAAGUAAUUAACAUAGGGUUGUUGAUAUGGCGCGUGACCGGCGAGGUUAUCGAACCUGAAAAGGCCGGCCGAGAGGCCGAAUCUCGCGGGCCAGGAUGCGCUACCGGAUGCGUAUGUUCGUCCUGGUGUACGUACUGGUGUUCGCCGGGAUGAUGCUCUUCUGGUGGGGACCGAGCAAGCUCCACUACGGGAUGUACAGCACCCUACAACAAGGACACUCCCUCCGAACCGUCAGCAUUGUUCGCGAUGUCCAAGCGGCGGGUGUAGCGAUUGACGACCCCGCCUAUGGAUAUGACAAUUAUACAUCAAAUUUUUGGAAUCACAGCACAGCGUUUUGUGAUGGUCGUUUCAUCGGUUACUCCCGUCUUCUUGCGAUACUUCGAAAUGUCGUGCUUGACUUUAAAUUCGCGAGAGGACAAAAAGGUGGUGAGAACAUUUCUGAUGUAAUAAACCAGCCAGAGGAGGAAGAAUUCUACAAAUACCUGCCGGGAUUUUUCAAGCUUCCAUGCAAGGAACCGAUUGAGUAUAACUUUAUUGGCGAUAGUCACCACCUGAAUUCGUGGAUCGAAAACGCCCUUGAAACGGACGGAAAGGUUUUCAGUCGAGAGGCUGGUAUUUACAUUGACUGGACAAUCGCCAUCACAAGAUACGAGUACGCAAAUUUAUACCACACAAUGACUGACUACUAUAACGCAUUUCUAAUGCUGAAAAUGUUCCGAUUGAAUUCAAAGGACGUCACUAUUCUGAUCAUAGAUGGCCAUCCUAGUGGUGGUCUAGACGCUACUUGGAGAUAUUUGUUUGGGAAAGUCAAGCGUGUUAGCGACUUUAGGAAACCGACCUUGUUUAAGAACAUGAUAUGGUCAAUGGCCGGUUAUGAGAGCCCGCUAGAUGACCAUUUUCUCCCUAAUGUGCCAUAUAUAGAGGAGUUUAGAGAAUUCUUUCUGUUCCACUAUGAUGUAUCAUCUUCGUAUAAGUUGAAUUGUAAACGUUUAAAUAUUUUACUGAUUUGGAGGCACGAUUACUUAGCACACCCAAGAAACCCUUCAGGAAAAGUGUCCAGAAAAAUAAAUAAUGAAUUCGAACUACUAAGUAAAAUGCAGGAAACCUUCCGGACGCACAAUGUGAGGGGAAUACAAAUAGAUAAAUAUCCAAUGAAGAAACAGCUUCAAAUGAUAGCUAAAACUGACAUUCUGAUUGGAAUGCACGGUGCGGGCUUAAGUCAUACAUUAUUUCUUCCAAAGCAUAGUGGACUGCUAGAAAUGUUCAGCAUGUACUACACGGCUGAGAACCGCCACUUCCGAGCGAUGGCGGGCUGGCGAGGGCUGCACUACCGGAACUGGGAGAACAUGGACUACGAACGUGAGGUGAUGGAAGAGAGCACAAACGUGGACGAGGCAGAGGUCGCCAGGCUAACCGUCGAGAUAUCAGAGCAGAUGUGUCCUAAAUCUUCAUAAAUUUAUACGGAUAAAUACGCGGCCGUCGAGAAAGUGCCGUCGAGAAAGCCGAGGCUAACACCAAGGUCAUGCAGAUGGGUUUCCAGUAUCCAAGAAAACUUACACAGUGUGUCACAGUUCAAGUGUUUCCAGUUGUGCUGUCGGGGGGAAUAUAUUGGCCAGAUAUUACGGUCACCUGUACGUUUGCGCGAAUUGACAGGUAUCUUCUCAGGUAGAGCUCCCCAGAACACAUGUCCUCACGAUAGCACAUCACUCAGGCCAGUUGGAGAUGUUUGUUACAUACAAGUACGCACUUUUGAAAGGUUACGCACGUUCCAUCUCAGAUGAUGGUCGGAGCUAAGACUUGACAUAUUUCUGCUCAAGACCAUUUGUAUUUGCGAUAAUAACUAUGACAUUCCAAAACCCCAUUUACCAUAUUUAGCCGUAGAAAAGACGUAAGACUAUGUUAAUCGUAACCUAGAACUUUAUGCGAAUAGCCGUAGCAAGAACGUCGUGUUAAACACAUGACGUAUACCUCGUCUAUACACAUACAUUUCUUCUUCUAUCAGAGAAAUUAGUAAGUACCUAGCCAUAGAAAUGUUCAAUCCCACUCUCUCUCUCUCUCUCUCUCUCUCUCUCUCUCUCUCUCUCUCUCUCUCUCGCUCUCUACUUCUGGUCGUACGUUACAAUGUAUCUACAACUCAGGAUUGGGCCAAAGACUUAACGUUAAAGUGAUUCACUUGAAGGGCGCAACGCGGGGCCAUGCGUAUGCCUCACGAAACAGAUGACUAAUUUCAGUGUAAAAUAUUCUUUUUGUUGAAUUGAAUGCAUUAUUUAUCUACCAUAUUGACAUGAAAUGUCCU